CCGCCCUUCUCUCGAGGCGGACUCGGGAGGAGCGCCACGGCUGAGAGCCGCCGCCACUAACCCGGCAUGGCCAUGGCGUCCCCGGCCAUCGGGCAGCGCCCGUACCGGCUACUCUUGGACCCGGAACCGCCGCGCUAUCUGCCGAGCCUGAGCGGCCCCGAGCCGCCACCGCCACCCCCGGGCCCGUCCUCGCGCCGCUGCGCCCCCGCGCCCCUGUCCACUGCGCCUGGGGCGCACGAGGGGCGCGGCGCCCGGAGGGCUGCUCGAGGAGACGUGGAGUCCCAGCCUCGCGCCUCCCGACCCUCUCGCCCUCUCCGGCCUGGUCUGCAGCAGAGACUGCGGCGGCGGCCUGGAGCGCCCCGGCCCCGAGACGUGCGGAGCAUCUUCGAACAGCCACAGGAUCCCCGCGUCCCGGCGGAGCGAGGCGAGGGGCACUGCUUUGCCGAACUGGCGCUGCGGAGCGGCCGGGGCUGGUGUGACCUGUGCGGACGAGAGGUGCUGCGGCAGGCGCUGCGCUGCGCUAACUGCAAAUUCACCUGCCACCCUGAGUGCCGCAGCCUGAUCCAGCUGGACUGCAGUCAGCAGGAAGGCUCCUCCCAGGACAGACCCUCUCCAGAAAGCACCCUCACUGCAACCUUCAGCCAGAAUGUCUGCAAACCCGUGGAGGAGCCGAGGUGCCCGCCCACGCUGCAGGAGAUCAAGCAGAAGAUUGACAGCUACAACACCCGGGAGAAAAACUGCCUGGGCAUGAAGCUGAGUGAAGACGGCACCUACACGGGUUUCAUCAAAGUGCAUCUGAAACUCCGGCGGCCAGUGACGGUACCUGCUGGGAUCCGGCCCCAGUCCAUCUACGACGCCAUCAAAGAAGUGAACCUGGCGGCCACCACGGACAAGCGGACCUCCUUCUACCUGCCACUCGAUGCCAUCAAGCAGCUACACAUCAGCAGCACCACCACGGUCAGUGAGGUCAUCCAGGGGCUGCUCAAGAAGUUCAUGGUCGUGGACAAUCCCCAGAAGUUUGCACUUUUUAAGCGGAUACACAAGGAUGGGCAAGUGCUCUUCCAGAAGCUCUCGGUUGCUGACUGCCCCCUCUACCUGCGCUUGCUCGCGGGGCCUGACACGGAUGUGCUCAGCUUUGUGCUAAAGGAGAACGAAACUGGAGAGGUGGAGUGGGACGCCUUCUCCAUCCCCGAGCUCCAGAACUUCCUAACAAUCCUGGAAAAAGAAGAGCAGGAUAAAAUCCAGCAAGUGCAAAAGAAGUACGACAAGUUUAGGCAGAAGUUAGAGGAGGCCUUAAGAAAAUCCCAGGGCAAACCUGGCUAGCCGGUCCUGCCUCCCCUUCUCCCAGUGCCCGUGGAUUUAUUUUUAUUAUUAAUUAUUAUUUUGCAACAGACACUUUUUCUCAGGACACCUCUGGUGGGUGCACAUGUGCCCGCCCAGCAGUUCCAGAUUUCUGAGGAACACAAGUGUGUGCACGGGGUUGGGGCCUGCCCGCUGCCCACUGUGCCCCCUACACCGGAGCAACCCUCGUGUGAAAGAACCACCACAUCCUCUGGCCAUCCGCAAGCCUUUCACAAACCAAAUAGUUGCCUCUCUGGUCACUGAACUGGAACUCUUCACAACCAGCCGUCAAAGGAAAGAGAAAACAGUUUAGAGAUACAUGUUUUCUCUGGGUUUUGUUCUUCAAUUUCUCUCUUUCUUGCCAGCCAUAGUACCUUUAUUUAUGAGUCCAGAAUGGUAGCAUAUUCCUUUAGCAGGUGUGAGCUAAGCCCUUGAAAGCCGGACAGUGCUCCAAAAAGGAUGGUACCUCCCUGUCCCCAGGUGCCCAUUGUUCAUGCUUAAGGGAAGGUCAUAAAGCCACUGGCCCCAGACGCUCAGGUCAGGGAGCAGCAAACCUGAGGCUGCCUGAGAGAAUUCCAGAGAAGCUGCAGCUAACCUUGCCCUGAUUGCCCAAGAGUCUGUGCACGUGUAAACCCAAAGGUAUAUAUAUAUAUAUGUGUGUGUGUGUGUGGUCCUCAGCCACAUCGUAGUCAACAACUGUUGGUUUUUAAGUUGCAACUUUGAAUGUAAUGUUGCCAUCAUCCUCAUGUGUUUCCACCAAAGGGAAACCAGCCAUUUACCAUUUUUAAAGUCUCCUGCUGAGUGUGGAAAUCAGGCAGUGGAAGCCAAAAAGUGUUGCAGAUGAACAAGGCCACGUUGUCUUCAAGCCUUCCCCGGGCUGGAGCAGGGGAGGCCUGGCUGCCUUGGUUUUCCCCUUGGCCUUCAGCACUGCCUCUCCCUCUACCCCGGGACUCCGGGAUCUCCUGGUGCUGCCAGAGGAGCUGCCUCGAUUCGAGGGGAGAACCUCCAACUCAGCCCACUUGAAGUCCUUGGGUGUUGGACGUGUGCCCAGCCUGCUGUGCGGUGAGCCCAUGGGCUGGCCUCCCGCUGACCUCAGUGCCUUUUUGUUUUCAGAGAGGGGACAGGAGCAGGUGCAGGGCAUUUGCUGGAAGCUCUGCAGCUGGCUUGCUCCUGCCAGGAAGGGGACCGCGGUGGUGUCAGGGACAAGGCCAGGAGAGCCUUCCCUCCAAGGGGGGGACGAGGGUCUCGGACCUCCUUCUCCACUAAGGUCCUGGGCCCUGCCUUCCAAGAAGGGAGCCCAAACCACCUGGAUGGGGGGGAUCAGAUUCCCACCUCUACAUGUGUACUGCCUCCUUGCUUAGGUUCAAACUUAAACUUGCCAAACCAUUCAAGCCUGUAGCCAGGAGUGCAGAGGGAGGACUUUCCAAGCAGGGCCAGCUUUCCAACCCAGCCUCUGGGAGACCCUUUCUUUUUGCUGUCCUCUGCCUCCCCAAGUCCCUUGGGUGGGUUGGAGCCGGUGUGUCUUUGUGUAGCCUCAGAAGUUCCCUCCCUGACCCUCGCUGAGUCCACACUGCCCCUGAUCCCAGAAGGGAUUAGGACCCCUCUCAUCAGGCAAACCACUUCGUCUUCAGAGCUGCAAACACAGGACAAGCUAAGCAGCCUGAAGAUUUUCAACAUCAUCAAAACCCCAGUUAUCUGCCAUCUCCAGCUCAGCCUUAUCACCUCCUUCCCUUGAAAAAUCUCUCCUCCUGCUGUAGAGCUAUGCGGUGGGUGCAGAGUCCUCUUCCCUUCACGCUGCAUGUCUUUAACGUGAAUAGAAGGCACGGCUCCUGCUGCAACCGCUGUGAAUGCUGCUGAGAGCCUCCCUCUGAUGGGGCGGCUAUUUUAUUUUUGAGAAGGAAGUCAUGUACAUAUAUACAUAAAAGCAUAUCGCUAUAUAUAAAGAGAUAGGGGUGUUUAUGAAAUAAGAAGACUAUGGGGGAAAUUCAGACUCUAUCUAAAGCACAGGACCCAGACGGAGGUCCGAGCCUCCGAGAUGGUCGUGCGUAGGAGCGACCCUUCCCUCCGGGGUGGGCCUGACUGCUGGCAGUGCCUUCUGUUGUUGUGUUGCCCACUGUGGAAGUGUUUGUUUUGAGGAUAUUUUCUUUUUAAAUGUCUUUCUUAUAUGGGUUUAAAAAAAAAAAGGAAUAAAAGCUUGUUGCAAAACUGAUUCA